UUCCCGUGAAUCCACUCACUAAAAGUUACUCUGUUUUUCUUCCCAGAGUGGCAGAAACGUACUCCAAAACCCAUCUUUCUCUUGUCUCCUUAUUUUCUUCCUCUACUCUCUCUCUGUCUCUCUCAAAUCAUUUUGCUUUUCUUAUGAACGGCCCUCGUUCACUGGGCUUCUCACCCUCUCUUUUGCACUUUGAAAUGAACUUCCCUUUCACUUCCCAAUCCCAUUGUGAAAUAAAAAUGGCUACUUCAAAAUUCUUUCUAUCUUCUCUUCUUCUGUUACUUUUUGUUCAUGGAGUUUUGCCAAGAGCAGAAUCCAAGACGUACUGGGGAGAUGUUGAUGCCUUGAAACAACUCAAAAAUGGAGUCCAGCCUAAUUCUGUGAGUCCGGGUUCUUGCUUGGGUUCUUGGGAUUUCACAUUCGACCCAUGUGACAGCCUCUUCAGUGAAAGAUUCACCUGCGGUUUCAGGUGCGACCUUACAGUUUCUGGGUUGAGCCGAGUCACGGAGGUUACUCUCGACUCUGCUGCUUAUACCGGUUCUCUCUCUUCCAUUUCCUGGAACCUCCCUUACUUGCAAACCCUUGACCUCUCCAACAAUUUCUUCUCCGGCAGGAUUCCAGGCUCACUCUCCAACUUGACUCGGUUAACUCGGCUGGGUCUUUCAAGGAAUGCAUUUUCCGGUGAGGUACCAGCCUCGAUUGGGUCCUUGUCUACUCUUGAAGAACUCUACCUCGAUAACAACAACCUACAAGGUCCUAUCCCCCCGACUUUUAAUGGUCUUGGUAGCUUGAAAAGGCUCGAAUUUCAAUCAAACAACAUCUCUGGUGAGUUACCCGAGUUGGGUUCACUCAAAAACCUGUACUUACUUGAUGCAAGCAACAAUGUCAUUUCUGGGUAUUUGCCUACAACGCUGCCACCUUUUUUAGUCCAAAUUUCCAUGAGGAACAACAUGAUUGAAGGCACAAUCCCUCCAAGUCUUAAAUAUUUGAACCUUCUGCAAGUAUUAGACCUGAGUCACAACAAACUCACCGGCUCAGUCCCUUAUUUCCUCUUUAACCACCCAUCUCUUCAACAACUCACUCUCGCAUUCAACUCCUUUGAUUCUUUACAAGCUCCCUCUAAUCUAGGCACCCAAAGUGAGCUUAUUGCUGUUGACUUGAGCAAUAACGAGCUCCAAGGCUGGUUACCUCCUUUCUUGCCAUUAAUGCCAAAGCUGUCAGCUUUAUCCAUGGAAAACAACAAGUUUUCGGGUAUGAUCCCUAUCCAAUACGCAUUGAGAGCGGCUCUGCCUGCCUCCGGAAUUGCCCCGUUUGCAAGACUGUUGCUUGGGGGGAACUACUUGUUCGGACCAAUUCCAGGGCCAUUGCUGGUACUCAAACCAGACACUGCAAAUGUCAGCCUUGCUGACAACUGCUUGAUCAGGUGCCCAUCGCGUUUCUUUUUCUGCCAAGGUGCUGACCAGAAAUCUUUAAUGGAAUGCAAGAGUUUUGGUUCUGUAAUCCCUUGAAUCAUGUUAUUUCAGCAAUGUUUUUAGUUGCAACAUCCAUGUGUGUCUUUCUUGGCUAAAAUUCUUUCUCUAUUGUUCUUAGUUUGGGCUUGUUAGUUUUCAGUUUGUUAGUGGGAAAUCUAAAAGAAAAUCUUUGUUUUCACAUAAAUUGUAAUAAUUUUGUAUAUUUUCAAUAUUUUGAUUUUGCUCA